UUGCUGGAGGUCCUGGUGCUGGCUCAGAAGACGCAGGUGAAGGUGGCGACGACGACGACGACAUUGACAUGGCUGAGUUUAGCGCGCUGAUUUCCGAGGUUCGCAACGUGCGCGACCAAGGCCAGGAUCUGACUGACGAGCAGCGACGUGAGCGAGCUGCUGAGGUGGCCAUGAAGCUCUGGAACUUCCUGGGCACGGACGACGAGGGCGACGACGCGAGCGACUCGGACUAGCCCCGUUCCGCACUGUAAUUGGUAAAAACAAAGCCCGAAAUUCCUCGUUACGCCUCCUCAUUGGCUGUAAAUCCAUUCUAACGCUCGUGAUUGGCUGAAAUACCAGGAUACUACUCCCGCUCUUCGUUGGUGGGCGAUGCAUUUCCAGAGUAUCAUCGGGACGACAUGGCGGACGCGCAGAGCGAAGUGAACCUCGUGGACCUGUCGCUGGAGCAGCUCAACGCGCUCAAGGGGCAGCUGGAGAAGGAGCUGCAGCAGCUCACGGCGUCGUUCGGCGGCCUGCGCGAGGCCCAGUCGCGCUUCUCCGAGUCCAAGGACGCGCUCCAGAGCAUGGCGGCCGCCGACCUGAGCAAGGAGGUGCUCGUGCCGCUGACCGCCUCCAUGUUCGUGCCCGGCCACCUGGCCAGCAAGGAGGAGGUGCUCGUGGACGUGGGCACCGGCUACUUUGUGGAGCAGUCGGUGGAGAAGGCCGAGCAGUUCAUGGACCGGAAAGUCGAGUUCCUGCAGAGCAACACGGACCAGCUCAAGACCGUCAUCGAGGGCAAGCGCAACAUGCUGGAGGCCGUGCUCAUGAUCAUGCAGCAGAAGAUGCAGGAGGCGCAGCGCAAAUAGACCCCCCGAUAAUGGAAGGGGGCACCCAGCUGCAGCAAUUCUACAAUAUAGGCCAGAAACAAGAGUUUGCGUUGCGUUACGUUGCGCUGGUGUCCUUCAAGCCGCUGAAUUAGCUUCACUCCCCCGCAAUUGUAGGCAUCAAGGACACAGCAUCACACCGCAUCAAGUACGCAAAGCAAGACGUCAAUGGUGGGGUCGGUCUAGUGGUGCAGUCGUUCGACAAGCAGGAGCACCAAACGGCAUUAAAAUCUUGAGUCAGCACUAUAACGCUGCGUUUUGCACUGCUAUCUUGUAUCUGUAGGGGUCCUUCCUUGCUUGGGGUUGCACGUGUGUAGCUUGGGUACUCUGGAGCUGGAGCUGGGUCGGUCGAUCGGUCAAUAAAUAUGCACGAGUCCGUA